AUGGGGCUAGAGCUGUUCCGGGAACUAUACUUGCCUCCCUGCUGCACCAUCUACAUCUUCGCCAGAAGGAGCAGCAUCUCCUUUGAGCUUCAUGCAGUAGAGCUGGUGGGCCCCAGAGAUUCUCAGCUCCCCUGUAAAAUGGAGGAGGGCUUGCCUGAGCAUGGAAACGGGCACCUCCUGCUGGGGGCCAGGGAGCUCAGCAAGGGGGACUUUGUGCAGUACCCCCCGACCAGAUCCAAACGUGAAAGUUCCACCCGCGUGGACAAGUACCUAGAAUGGCAGUAUGGUGCCAUUCAGCUACCUGCCACCAACGUCUACCUUCUGUCCUGUUCCACUUCUCAGGGUGGCCUGUGGACUGGAACACUUGCUGGGGAGGUUGGACCAGGAAGUCCUUAUGGCCAGGCCCUCCUGGCCACCGAGCAGCUCUCCCUGGCAGACCUGGUGGCACUCACAGAGCUGAUGCAGCUAACUACCAUCAGCUGCCACAUUUUCCAAGACUGGCCCCGCCUGGCCAUAUAG